UGGAAUGAAACUGAUAUUGCAAGCAUGAGAGAGAGAGAGAGAGAGAGACAGCACUUUGCUUCCUCAAUCCAUAUGACUUCUUUUUGUUUUUUUCCCUCAUAGAAACCAGUUUCUGUAUGCAAAGCAUAUUUCACCUUGCUUGCCCUCCUCCACUGCUCAUGUGCUUAUUAAAUUCAUACAUGACUUCUCUUCCAGGUUUUUUUUUUUGAGUAAACAGGGGGCCAUGACAUAAAUAUUCUUUUGCAAUCAACAGUUCCUCUUGGAAGAUCGAAUGAACUAGGCAGAAAAUCGACAGCUUCGUAAUCAAACAAUGGAGAGUUUGAUUAAACAAAGAAGGGUGAGAUUUACUGGGCUAGAACAAGAUAACAAGGAAGAUCCCAACAGCAUUAGAGAAAGAAGUACUCCACCACAACGAAUCGAGUCCUUUGAAGGAGAGAAAAAGACACAGAAUUGGUUCCAGAGGCAGUUUUCUGGACAGAUGAAUAGGGAUUAUGACUCCAGCGACGGUGAGUUUGCAACUGCAGUCGCAGCUGCUGCAUUUGCCAUCCAUUCAUUUGAAGAAUCCGAGUACCAAAAAACAUCGAGAGAUGGCCUUAAAACCCCCAUCACAAAGGUGAAGACUCGAAAAGAAGACUCCUCUAGGCUGCCAGAAACCGGUAGAGUCUCUAGGCGAUUCUCUGGCAAAGAAGAAAAAGAAGCAGUUGAAGCUUCCACAGGAAAGCCAAUGGGGCAGGAUAGCAAAUCAAGUUAUCCAUCCUAUGUGAGUCCUGCACCAUCAUCAGCUGGAAACCAAAUGCAGAAGGUGAAUUCAACAAGACUUGGAAGUCCAGAAACCAAAGCAGAUGCUUGGGAAAAAGCUGCUAUGGGAAAGAUCGAAAGGCGAUAUGAGAAGAUGAGCUCUGACAUUCUUGCUUGGGAAAAUGAGAAAAAGGUGAAAGCCAAACUUCAAAUGGAAAGGAAACAGAGUGAAAUAGAGGAGAGAAGAGCAAGAAACUUGCAACAUUACCAGAAGAAGCUAACAGGGAUUGAUCAUAUUGCUGCAGGAGCAAGAGCACAAGCAGAAGAAAAAAGAAAAAAUGAAGAGUCUGUGGUGAAAGGCAGAGCAAAGAAGAUCAGGUCAACAGGAAAGGUUCCUGUUAGUUGUUUCUGCUGCUGAAUGUCACAAGGGAGGAGCCUAGAGUCAUUUCGACUUGGGAAUUCCACAGAAUUCUAUGCAACACUAUAUGAUUGUAUAUAGAAGUUAUAAACUUUCUUACACUCAAAAAUUUGGUCAUGUUAAUAAGGCAAUGGUACAAUAUAUUUGUUGGGGAAUUUAUGGAUUUUAUUCGUACAUAAUGUAAUAAUAUAUACAA